AUGGCAUCCACCUGCACCUGCCAGCAGUCAAAUGCCAAGCAUGAGGUGGAUGCAGAGCCCCAGGAGCCGUCCAGUGCUUCCAGCUCAACGCAGAGGUCCACAGAAGAGACAACAAAGUGCUCUGAGCUCCUGUCCCCUGUGCAGUUGGCAAAGCAGAGCUCUGCCUCUGGAAACUCGCAGCCCUGGGACACUUCUGUAGAGGAACUGGAGGAGAAGUGGGAGGAGGAAGAGCUCCCAGAAACACAGGCUGCAGGAGAGUGGCACAGAGACCUGCAGAGUGUGUCACUUUCCUCACUGAAAGUGGACAAGGUAGAGGCAGAAGCUUGCGGCCUGGCUGAAGAUCCCUGGGACGAGGGGCGCAGCAAGCUCGUCCUCCCACCAGAGCCUGAGGAAUGCUCAGUCUUCUCAGCUUCUCCUUUGUCUGGAGGCCCUGGUGAGGAGAGGGCAACUCGUGGGCCAGCCAAGCACGCUGCAUUUCACAAGCAGCUGUGCAUGGGGCAUGAUGAUAUGCUACAGAUUAUGUGCAACAAGAGAGAGGAGCUGGAGAAGGUGGUGGAAGAGAAAACGCAUGCAGAGCUCUUUGGAGACAUCUUCUCCUCCAUGGGCAACGAAGAAAGCCCCGUGAGGUCCAGGUGCGUCCUCAGAGAUCCAUCAGGUGCCACCCUGGAACCAGCUGCAGACCCCUCGGUGCCACACAGCACUUACAGCGUGACAGGAGACACCACAACAGAGACACAAAGCUGCUCAGAGCUUGUGUCUCCUGAGCUGUUGGCGGACCUGGAGUCUGACUCUGAGGAUUCGCUGCCCCUGGAAACUCUUCUGAACGAGCUCCUGGAGAAGUGGGAGCAAGAAGAAGCGGCAGGCGAGUGGGCCAGAGAAGUAGAGAGCCCGUUGUCCAUCCCGCCGCGAGACGAAGAGUUAGAGCCAGCAGCUACUCCUCAGGACAGCGACCUCAGCGACCAGGGGCACAGCGAGCCUCUCCCCGAGGAGGCAAAGGGGUUUGCGGUUUGCGCCGCGCCUGCCGAUGCCGCGGACGAGGCCGACGCGGCAGGCACGGAGGCUGGCCGUGCCCAGGCCGCCCCUGCCCAGGAAAAGCCCUGCGGGGAUGAGCCGCCGGCAGGAGCUUGCCCGGCGCCUGCCCAGCCCCUGGCCCGCAGCGUUCCUGCCUGCCCCGCUGGCAGCGCAGCCGUCCCGCAGCCCCCGGCCCCACGGCGAUGGCGCUCCAUGGCCAAGAGGGCCCGGCGGGCUCUGCGCCGCCUUUUCUCCUGCAGCUGCCUCAGGGGGCAGCCGGAGGAGUGAGCCCGGGGCCAGCACCAGGGCGUUCAGCAAAGAUGCCGGCUCGCCCUGAGGAUGCCCAGCUCCCCGGGGCAGCGGCAGGUCCCUGAGGUAACGGCACCAGGGUGAUCCAAAGACGGGAUGCAUGGAUGGAUGGGUGGAUGGUGGCCAAGGCAACCACUUGCCAAGGAUAGGAAAAUGCCUCCCUGGAUACCAGCAACAACAUAGACUGGUGAAAGGUGUUAACCCCGGCUGAAUGACCUGGUGUCCUCAACUCCAUAAGAAGCACCAGGGCCCCAGUGCAGAAGCUCCCAUUGGGGAAGGAGCAAUGGGACGCCGCUUGCGACCAGCAUCUCGAACUUUCCUCUGUCUGACAUCUUCCCCUCCCCACUCCCACUCUUCCCCACUCAAUCCCACUCUUGUUCUUCCCCACCUCACCCCAGCCCAGCACAACCCUUGCUCUUCCCAUUCUUUCCUUCUCAUUAUCCUCUUUCCCAUCCCUUUCUCUCUACCCCACAUUUACUGUUCAAUAAAUCCCCCAUUGUUCACUUUGAUA